AUGUGGGACACUGAGAGUAGUCGAUUUUCCAGUACUGCGGGGCCACCAGACGAUUCUGGGACUGAGUUGGUAACGGCGGACCAGAACAAUGUCCAUAUCCCGCGCGACCGCCGCCUAGGUGUAUUUACCACCGCUAGAUGGAAGUGGUCGCUGCAAGACAGAAGCUGGCGUUUAGGCCUGCACGUAGGGCUCUACGCGUCCAUCAUCGUGCUGUUUGGCAAUGUUGCACUCUUAUCGUAUGGUAUGGCCCAACACGAUAAUACUACACAAGGCGUUGCAACGAUCGCAAAAGGGGAAAGAUAUCAGAUCAACAGUAUUGGCAAUGCGUACCACGUCCUCAUCAACAUCAUGAGCACGAUUCUUCUGACGUCGUCGAGUUACACUAUGCAAAUCCUAUGCGCGCCCACUAGACGCGAGAUCGAAUGCGUUCAUGCCAGUGGGAAUUGGCUGGAGAUCGGCAUAAUGAGUAUACACAAUCUGCGCUACAUUGACCGCAAAAGAGUCGCUAUAUGGCUGCUUCUCGUCGUCUCCUCCGUACCCUUGCAUCUUUUCUACAAUUCGUCCAUUUUUACUGCACUUGCUACCCAGGACUAUGAUGUCACCGUGACAAGCGCUUCCGAUGCAUCCGCCUACGAUUUUUCAAAUUGGACAACGCUUGACAAUACUGUGUGGCCAAGUAUCUAUGCUACAUCGUGGGUCCCGGGUUACAGUGACAUCCAUCUAAUCAUCGAUCGUGUCUCCUUCGAUCAAUAUCGAAUCAAUCCCAAGGUUGGACUGGCCAACUAA